ACCGGAACCAAAAAUCUGAGUUCGGUGCCAUGGAUCACCUCCGGCAUCAUCUCGCGCUCCUCCUGGCCUCCCUCGCUCUCUUGCUAGUCCCCACUGGCGCCCUUGAUCGUACACUUCUCGUCCACCUCCACCCGCGUCUCAACCCUCGCGAAUUUGCCUUCUCUCCGCAGCUCUCGCGCUCUGAGAGACGUCAAAAUGUGUAUCAGAUCUUCUCUAGCGCCGUUGAAGACGUGCAACGCAGCGUUUCCAGCUUCAUCGAAGCCCAGAACGAGGGAGGAGUCGAGAUCUCCCGGCUUUGGAUGCAAAACACACUGAUCAUUCGCUAUAAAGAGGAAAAUCUGCGGCUGAACAGGUUUUUCAGUCAAGAUCUUUGGACAUUCCCAGGAGUAAUGGAAGUGGAGGCAGAUACUCGAGUUUUGAGGCUAAUUGGAGCUCAACAGGAAGAUGAUGAGGGACGUAGCGAAGAAAAGCCUCAAAAUAAUAUCAAGUUGCUAUAUGCCCCUCAAUUGUGGGACAAUGGAGUGAAAGGGAAGAACGUUGUAGUCGCGAGCAUCGACUCAGGCGUACGAUACACACACGAGGCCUUGAGAGAGACUUUUAGAGGUACCAGGAAGGACGGAACAGUGGAUUUCGACUACUCUUUCUGGUUCACACCAGACACGGACAUGUCGAAAGAAACGCCUGAUACAGCGGAUGAAGUGGGUCAUGGGACACACACAAUGGGUACAGCCGUCGGUGGCAAGGGAGUUGGUGUCGCUCCUGAAGCCACGUGGAUCACUGCAAGAGCGUUUGAUAUCUGGGGAGCAGCUAACAAGAGCGACUUCUUGUUAGCAGCACAGUGGGUUCUGUGCCCCACAAAGAGAGAUGGCACAGCUGCAGACUGCUCUCUUGGCGCAGAUGUGAUCACGAACUCGUUUGGUGUGGAUCGCUCCACUCCCGUAUAUCCACAGUGGACUUGGCUUAGUAAAGUAAUUGAUACGUGGCGUGCGGCUGGUGUCUACCCGGUAUUUGCCAGUGGGAACACCAAUGGAUUCCUGUGUGGGAGUGUGUAUUAUCCUGGAAGCCACGAAGAUACAAUUACUGUUGGUGCACUGAUAGGAGGAAGUUCACUAUGGGGUGCAAGUGGAAAAGGACCAAGCUUGGAGGACAAGAUAGGAUUGGAUAUAUUACCGUCAUAUACGAGCGGGAAAUAUAUCAUUAAGCCUGAUUUUGUAGCUCCUGGAGUUGGGAUCCGGUCAGCGAUGAGUGUCAAGGACAACGCGUACACUCGACUCACUGGAACUUCCAUGGCUACUCCGCAUGUGGCUGGUGCUAUCGCACUACUACUCAGUUUGUAUAAUCCCUCGGACGAAAAUUCGCUGGCUAAGCCUCCAUCGUACGAGAAAGUCCUGCAGAGUCUCACUGACACGACCACACGUAAGCUACACAAACCUUUUCUGGUCCCCAGUGAAUGUGGCAACACUUCUUAUCAAGAAUAUCCGAACAACAUUUACGGCUGGGGUCUGGCGAACGUUUGCUCAGCAGCAAGAAAAUUGGGCUUUUCCUGUGACGACUCGGUUACUGCUGCAGAAUUUUCUACUAAGGAAAGACAGCCCAUUGCGCUCGCUGAUCUUGUGGCGACAGAAUGAUCGAUGAGCGUGUGCAAUUGGGAAUUUUUCAUUGAAAAAAUUCAGAAUAUGGAUGUUUACAUCGGUGUAUUUUUUUUUAAAGUAUGCAAGGUAGUUUCUAAGAAAUCUAACGUGCAAGCUGCGUGAUACUUUAUCAGUAUCAAUACACGACGGCGCGCAUGUCCUCCACUCCAGGAAGAAACACUUGACCAGCAUCUCAGCAUCAUGCAACGCAGUGUUGCAGCCGAUUCCAGCAGGUGCCAUCGUGUGGACAGCGUCGCCAAUGAGCGUGACGGUCGAUGGCUGCCAAUGGCGAAUGUCCGGAGACAUGGUCGAGAUACGUAGGAAAGAACUCCAUUCGGGCGAUUGGUUUUCGAAGAUAGCGCGGAUUUGAGGACACCAGUCGCGUGUCAUAUCGUUCGACAAGUUGGCAACUUCUGUCGGUGUCAUGGAGAAAAGAUCUUGAACAGUAGUGUCUUCAUUCCUGUGGAAAUACUGCGCACGAGCGAUAAGCACCCAGCAGAUGUAGUUCUGUAGAUCUGGUAGCUCUGAGUUCGAAAUUGCAGCGAACUCCUUGAGGUCUGCUUGGAUUUUACAGCGCGGUUCCAUCACGAGACUCAUCAUGGGAUCCUUACUGAUA